AUGGCCGAUAUUGCGCACCAUAGCACGGGACUUCGCGCUGAAAACGCUGAGGGUAUCCGCGAGUCUCAAUACUUCUUCGAGACGUCGAUUCAACAACAGUGCGAGACAAUUCAAGUCGCUGCAGCGGUUGUGGCCGACGCGUCCUUGAGAGACCCUGCAGCGGAGAGCGUGGUGCACGCCUAUAACAGUUGCGACUGGAAGUCGGUGCUCGAGAUCGAAACUCCUCUUUUGAUUCAGCCUGCAGCCUAUUAUCCGCACAUAGUGGACAGCGGCGAGGUCCCCAACUGGGUAGCUUUUCACCCAGAGCAACAGACUGUUGAUAUCGGUGGGCUCCAAUACAGUUACAACCUCGGAAAAGGCGCCAUGGGUGGAGGAUCUCUUUGGCCGUCGCAGGUGGUGUCGUCGGGUAGGCCCAUGGUCUAUCCGCCACCGCACGCAGCGGAUGUGGAGACUGAUCUCUCCUCAGGCUCACCGGCGAGCACCACCGAUUUCGAUCCAGAGCCCGAGCCCGAGCAGCAUCGCUAUGCGAGCACCAAUUUCGGCAACUUCGUCUCGAACAGCACCUGGUCCAGCGGACAGCAGUAUUUGACUUCGGCCCCAGCACCCGGCUUGACAGGAUUUGGUUCGGGAUUCGCUCAGCCGUACCAGACAACCUCUAGUGUACACCACAUCAACGGUCUACCUUCGUGGCAGUUCGGCGUCCACCCUUCGUCCGGUACGCGAGGUUUCGAGAACCUCGAUCAGGUGCACGUCGUUUCUCAGGUAAAUGGCCAGGCACACCGCAUGAGCCUGCAACCGCGCACUCCAGCCAUACCACCCUAUGUACCACGCGUGGUUGCCUUGGCUGCUCCUUUCGAACUCCCUUCUAACAAUUGCAGUGACGGCUCUGGGUUGGCGGUUAGCUCCAACGCCAACCCAGACAAACAACACACAGAACAGGGUGCGGGUCCAACCGCGGCUUCAAUUGAGGCAUCCCUCAUCAGGAAGAGGGAGGACGAGAUCCUUCUUGAAGGAAAGCGUCUUGGGCUCACCUACAAGGACAUCCGCAAGAGGAUGGGCACCAGUGUGGCGGAGUCGACUCUGAGGGGCCGGUACAGGUCCCUUACCAAGCCUAGGAAGGAUCGAGUUCGCAAGCCCGUCUGGACCGACAACGAUAUCAUGCUGUUGAAGGAAAUUGUGGCCAUGGAGCUCGACAGCGUCACCCGCGACCGGCCUUCGGCAACUCAGGAACAGCGCUUUACAAGAAUCUCCUGGAAGCGAGUUGCUGAGUACAUCACUGAGAACGGCGGAUCCUACAAGUUUGGCAACUCGACGUGCAAGAAGAAGUGGCUUGAGCUUGAGGGCUUAGCCUGA